AUGGGACGCAGAAAGAUUGAGAUCAAAGCCAUCAAGGAUGACAGGAACCGUUCUGUCACCUUUUUGAAGAGGAAGGGUGGCCUAUUCAAGAAGGCGCACGAGCUUUCCGUCCUGUGCUCUGUGGACGUCGCUGUCUUCAUCUUUGGCAGCAACAAGAAGCUGUACGAGUACUCUUCCACAGACAUGCGGGAGAUGAUCACCAGGUAUACCUACCACGGUGGCCCCAACGAGCAUAAGGGCCCCUCAGACUUCAACGGCGGCAACGACGAGGACGAAGAUGAGGACCCCGAAGGCACGCCGCCGCAGGAGCCUCAAAUGAUCCCUCCUCAGUUCCAAGGACAAGCUUCUUUCCCCCACAUGCGACACCACACGCCGUCAGCGUCUCCUCCCAUCCCGAACGGCAUGUCUUUUCAGCAGCACCCUGGCCAUCCCGUGCAACGCGGCCACACGCCACAGCCUGGCAUGGUAUCGCGUCCUGGUUCUCGACAAGAAAUUCGCCGUAUGGGACCGAGUAUGGGCCCCCAGCCCGUCGGCCCUGGAUCUCAGCAACCUCCCGUCAACGGCUUUGCGUACAUGCCUAACCCGGCCAUAUACAAUCCUCAGAAUCAAUCCAACAUGCCCCCAAACAUGCCUCACGGACUCCCCCAGCAGCAUGGCCCUCAAUACCCAUCGUACCCCCCUAGCCACCACCCCCCGCACAUGCAACAGUACAUGGAAGAUCAGCGCCGCUCCAUGCCGCCCAGCUACCCGCAACCGCAAGGUCAGCAAGGGCCCGGGCCUCAAGUUUCUCGGAUCUCGCCAUCUCCGCCACAGCCUCCCACCCAGCAAUUGCCGCCGCAACCGCCUCAGAUCACACCCCCGCCACCACAGCCUCAGCAGCUUGACCAUCAGCAUCAGCAGCCGCAACCUCCACAGCCUCCACAGCAGCAGCAGCAGCAGUCCCAGGCGCCGCCGCCGCCGCAAUCCCAGGAGGCAUCAAUGCCGGCGCCAAUGGAACCGCGAUCGGAGCAACAAGAGCGACCCCAACCACCACUUCUGAAUACGGACAGCGCAAUUAAGAAGCUACCGCAGCGCAAGCAGCACAGCAUCUUCACGCCUAUUGACGAGAACCGCUCCAUCCUAUCCCAGCAUUUGGCCUCGUUCGCCUCGGAGCAAAACAGCAUCAAGGUAGAGUCUAAUCGCCCUCCAUUCCCUGAUCAGAGCAACAUCAAGAUUGAGGGCAAUCGGUCCCAGUCCGUCGAUGUCGGCGCCGUAUCCCGAACCAAUGGUUCCACGACGUCUCCGCCCAUACCUUCACGGGCCAGCACUCAGUCUCUAAGUAAGACCCGAAACAUCUCAGUAUCGUCAAUUCCAGAGACAAUGUUUACUCCGCCGUCUCGCACCAACAGCAUGAAGCUUGGAGGUGGUGCGCGGCCGCGUUUGAGGGUGGAGAUUCCCGACGAACCUUCGGAUGGCGGUAGCGCAACUGCCGAGUCAAACUCUCCUCGCAACUCAACCGACACUACAUCCCAGACGACUCGGCGCCACGCAUCCGAGUCACAUUCUUCCGGCAUGGUGCUGCCGCCACCAUCCCCGUCAGCCCAAACGCUUUUGUCGGCUGGCGCUACGGGCCCGCCAAACCCGUUUGCCCGCCCGCCUCCCCAGCAAAACAACAACAUGAAUAUUGACACACCCGUGUCCGCUCUCCCAUCCCGAUUCUUGAACAACGAGUUCUUACCUAGCCCCAGCAGUUUUUACCCGGAGUGGUAUUCGCGGGGCGGCAGUGACAGCAACACACUGCCUAGUCCUUUGAACUUUGCGACUCCCGUUGUCGGCUCUGGUCCCAGUUUCUUGAGAGACGACAACAACACGGGCACGAAGCGCAAGAGCCCCGAGAUCAGCAUAAGCGGACCACACGAGGGUCCCGAGGUUGGCAACGAGCCCAAGAGAGUGCGGGUCGAUUCUUGA